CUCAACAUACGGGUAUCACUCGCCAUUCUGAACAAUGAACAACAUUAAAUCACAUAAUCGCUGCAUUUUGACAUAUAAUCAUCUGUGCAAUUGCCUCUGUCUUGCUUGACUGAAAUCACUCCAAUCAUCAAGGCCCUUGUCCAGCAGAAGACCUAUCAUGUUUCCCACUGACAGAAGAGAAGCUGCCUUUCCUGGGUCUGGAGCUGGUUGGUUUGCAGCUAGGGAGCAAUCAGGUGCCAUGUCUUUAGCUGGGGUGAGCUGUCUGGUGACAGGAGCAGGGGGAUUUCUUGGCCAGAGAAUUGUCCGCUUACUGCUGGAGGAAGAGAAGGAGCUGGCUGAGAUCCGAACCCUGGACAAAACCUUUAGCUAUGAGGCACGCAGGAAUUUUACAAAUUUCAAGGGUCAGACUGUGGUGAAGAUCCUGGAAGGGGACAUCCGGGAUGCUACGUUCUUGAACAGCGCCUGCCAGGGUGUCUCCCUUGUCAUCCAUACAGCAUCCAUCAUUGAUACCUUGGGCCUUGUAGAGAAGCAGCUGCUCUGGGAAGUCAAUGUAACGGGUACCCAGCUACUGCUGGAUGCCUGUGUCCACAGUAAUGUCCAGCACUUCAUCUACACCAGUACCAUAGAAGUGACAGGCCCAAACUGCAGAGGGGACCCCAUCUCCAAUGGGGAUGAAGAUACAGCCUACGAGAGCACAUCAGGAUUUCCUUAUGCCCAGAGUAAGAGACUGGCAGAGACAUCAGUGCUGAAGGCAAAUGGCCAGGUGCUGAAGAAUGGUGGCAUCUUCCUGACAUGUGCCUUGAGGUCCAUGUACAUCUUUGGAGAAGAAUCCCCAUUUCUCCAGAAUCACCUGGAUAAAAGCCUCUUGAAUAAAAAUGUCUACCUGCGGAUUUCUAGGAAGGAGGCUCUGGUGAAUCCUGUAUAUGUGGGAAACAUUGCAUGGGCUCACAUCCAGGUGGCUAAAGCCCUGAGGAACCCGGAAAAAGCCAAGCAUGUCAAAGGGCACUUCUACUACAUCUCUGAUGACACUCCUCACAUGAGCUAUGCUGACCUAAAUUAUGAGCUGACCAAGGAGCUUGGGUUUGGGAUUGAGCCCCACCCGCCCAUGCCGCUGAUGAUGCUGUACUACUUUGCGCUACUGCUGGAGAUUGUGAGCUUCCUGCUUAGGCCCUUUGUCAAAUACAUCCCCUCCACCAACCGUCACCUUGUGAUCUUGCUGAACACGCAGUUCACGUUCUCCUACAGGAAGGCAUGGCGGGAUUUUGGCUACGUGCCCCGCUACAAAUGGAAAGAGGCCAAGCAGCGCACCAGCCAGUGGAUUGCAUCAGUGAUUCCUCAAAGGAGGGAGUACCUGAAAAACAAGGCUGCCUAAGCCGGAGAGAAGCUGAAGCAUGGCAUGACGAGCAGGCCCAUGAGCCACAGGUGAGCUGGAGGAAUUGCAGUAAAAGACAACAACAAAGCAUUGAAACGUGAAAUCUGUGUAGUGAAAAAUUGGAAUGAAUAAAGAAUAUGAAACUCUUCAUUUGUUUGUGGUGGAUGGGCUGAUUUACCAGUUACUGUAUAAUCCACAGCCACCUCUUCCUCUCGGCAACACAGAUAUUUUUAUUUGAGUAGAGUCCCUUCUGAAAUAUACUCAGCCCUUCCCUUUCUCUUAACUUUAUCUGAGACUUUUGGAAAAGGAGUAAAGUCUCCAUUAUUAUCUCUCCCAACAGUGUUUGGAUACCCGCCCCCCCCACACACCACAUUCCACUUACCAUCAUCAGAUUAUAUCCAUAUAAAACAAGCGGGAGCAAUCUGACUGUAGAAGCUCUUAUAACAAGUAGGGACAGUAGUCCACCUUUUCAAAGUGAUGUCUAAUAUUUUUGUUUCCUUUUUUAGGAUCCAACUUUAGACACCUUUCUUAGGUGCCCAAAUAUGGGCUUCAGCUUCUAAUAUUAUGCCCCCAUUUUUGAAAAUAUAUAUGGAAAGUUUCCUGAUAUGAUAUGUGUUAGUCAACUGGGUAAAACAAGUUCUACUGUUCCUGAUUCUGUCGCUGAUUUGCUGGGUUACUUUGAUCACGUCACUAACCUUCUUGUGCCUCAGUUUCCCUUAGCUGCAUUACAAGGAGACCACCACCUACUCCCCGGACAGUUGUGAAGAUUAGUUAGCUAAUGUCUACCAUCAAUUUGAAUGUGCAAAGCACUAUACAAGUGCAAAGUAAUAUUCUAUUAGUGCUUUGUGGUGAGUGAUGCCCUUGGCUAUCUCAAGGCUGUCAGCCUAUAGCCCCUUAACUUGCCAAUUACGUAACUAUGGUGAAUUUGAUAGAAGCCCAGUAAGAGCAAAGGACAAAGCCUAUAACAAAAUUAAGAAAACAGACGCUGCAGGAAAGCCAUGGUACCUAGAGGGGGUUUCCCUGCAAAGUUCAUAGAUUCCAAGGCCAGAAGGAACAGCUGUGGUAAUUUAGACUGACCUUUGUAUAACACAGGCCACAGAACUUCCACAAAAUAAUUCCUUUUGAACUAAAGCGUAUCUUUUUCAAAGAAAACCAAUCCUAAUUUGAAAAUUUCCAGUGCUGGAGAAUCCACCCCCAUCCUGGGUAAUGGUUCCAACAGUUAAUGACCAUCACUGUUAAAAAAUUACACCUUAUUUCCAGUCUGAAUUGUCUAGCCUGUAGAAUAACAAAUAAUGCUGCAAGAGAAUUCUAUGGGACUUCCAGAUAUCGGACUAGGUGCUAGAGGUUAGAGU